AUGACCGAUCCUUCGCUCACUUCGCUUGUAGCCGAGCUCUCCAAGCUCGCUGCAGAGUAUGUCCCUUCCGAUGGACACGAUGCCGCAUCCCAAGCUCCCAAGCUGGCACUGGUCAAUCUGAGCAAGAAGAUCAUGUACUCACUCAUGGAUCCUGGAAUGAUGGUACAGGCACAUUCUCUGCAGAUGGCCGAGAUGGUCUGCAUCCGGACGCUGCUGGACCUCAAGGUGUUUGAGAAGAUGUCCAGCGAGGAAGAGGGCAAGACGAUCACGGCAAAGGAGUUGAGUGAAAGGUCUGGUGUACAAGAUACACUCCUUGAAAGACUUCUCCGUCCUCUCGUGGCGUCAGGCUUCAUCACCCAGUCUCCAGACGACGGCUCGUACGGCUCGACGCGAUUCUCGCAGGCCUACACAUCCUUCCCCGGUCUGUUCUUCACUCUGAUGUUCGACCACUUUCUGCAACCAAUGACCGAUCUGCCAAAGUACCUCCAGAAGCACGGCGCCGUGGAACCGACCUCCUUCUACGUCAACCCGUAUUCCGACUACCACAACGCGAGCGAUUCCGGAAUGACGACCUGGGAGAUCAUGUCCAAGGACCCGGAGAAACUCAAGACGUUCCAGAUCGGCCUGACCACGGGGGACGCCAUGGUCCCGGUCACGGGCUACUACGACUUCAACCAGCUGGCGCUGACGCCCGCGGAGUUGGAAAAGACUCCCGACCGAGUCAGCCUCAUCGACAUAGGCGGCGGGGUCGGAAAUGUCGUCAAGCGGAUCUUGGAUGCCUACAAGGACCUCAAUCCCGAGAAUGUAGUGUUGCAGGACCAAGAGAACAUUAUCGACAUGGCGAGCAAGGAGAAGAUUGCUCCCCACGGAGUGCAGUUGAUGAAACAUGAUUUCUGGGGGCCGCAGCCUGUCAAAGGUGCCAAAGCAUAUUAUUUCCGCCGCGUCUUCCACGACUACAGCGACGAGCUCUGCGCCAAAGCACUCAACCAAAUCAUCCCCGUCAUGGCUCCGGACUCGCACAUCCUCAUCGCCGACAUGCUUCUCCCGGAAAUCAUGACGGACAAGGAGGCGCACACGGCCGCCCUCGACGUCGCUUGCAUGGUCAUGGGCGGCAAGGAGAGGACCGAAGAGGACUUUCGACGCCUGUUCGACAGUGUUGGCCUGGAGGUCGUGGCGAUCCAUCGUGCUCCAGGGGCGGCGGCGGGAGUUGUGGAAGGGAAGCUGAAGACGGAAUAG